CCAAAUGCCUCAACCAUUUUAGUUUUUCAUUUGAACCCCAAACGCUUUGGUCUUCUACUGCGUGUUUAUUUUAUUUCCUUUUAAUUUAAACUUUUCGUAAUUGAAGCGUUGCCGCGCAUUUUAUUUAUACAUUCAAUUUAUAGAAUUUGUUUACCUAUUUUGCCAAAAAAUAUUAAAAAUCUAUCUAAAAAAAAGCACAAACCUGUGAGGCCGUGCAAAAGUGCUACUUCCAAAAUAAAAAGUGUUACAACAAAAUAAAACUUCAAAUUAAAAAAUAAAAUAAUAACAACAACAAAACCAAACCAAACCAAACAACAAGCAUCAACAACAUCAUCAUGAAGCUCCUACUUGGAUUACUUGUAUCUUUGGCAAUAAGUUCAGCAUUUGCUCUUCCAACACGCUCGCCCAAGGACGAAGUUGAUAUUGUUCGAGUGCCGCAAGGACCACAACGUUUCCCUGACCGCGAAAACGAUUCCAACAACGACGAUGCCACCGAUGUCGAUCCGGAUUACAAGAAUUUUAAGGGCUUCGUAGAUACUGGUGCUGGUUAUCCAUUCCUAGCUCCGUUGCCACGUCCGUUCAGUUUUAAUUUGGGAUUCUUUGAUUCGUUUGACGAUAUCUUCAGAGGACUUCGUAACCGUCUUUGGUCAAUGGAUUCCAAUUCAAGUGAAGAAGACGACUUUGGUCUUGGAACGAAUCCAAUUAAUGAGACAACUUCUGUUGUUAAGGUUGUUGAUGGCCAUAAAAUUGAAAUAAACGAAACUGUCAUUGGCAAUGGUGAUGGUGAUGGUGGUGCCCUAUUCAAAUUCCGCAUUAUCAAUAUCCGUCCAUUGGAAUCUGAUGAAGAAGUAUCCGAAGGAACUCAAACUUCAGCACCUGCUGUAGAAGCUUCCUCCCCAUUCUCAACCACAAGUGGUCGUGAUGUCGAAGAAAAUUCCGACGAAGUUAAAAAUUCCAAUGAAAAUGAAAUCAAUGCCAAUGUUGAUGAUCCGGAGGUAAAAAAUUCAAACAACAACUAAUCAUUAUAAAAAAUGCUUGGCUUUUUCUUCAGCGCAAUAAAAAAUAAAAUUCAUAUUAUAUAAAAAAAAAUUAUUAAUAAUUUGUAUAGUUUUUUGUUUUCCGAAAACUAUAGAAUUUAUUAUUGUAUAAAAUUAUAAUUAUUAUCUUACCUUUAAUUGUUUCCAUAUAAUAUACAAUUAAAAAACAAAAAUGUAUGUAUGUAUAUUUUAA